CCGGCAUUAGACGGGUGGCUUGCCGCAUGUAUCGUGUGUCCGUAAUAUGCGGCGCUGCAGGGUUGCAGCGGGAUAUAGCUCCUACAAACACAUACGUGCCCUUUAAUUAACGAAGGAAUCGCAAACAUGGAAAGCGAUGAUGACAAUAUGGAAGAAGUGGUGGAAGGGCCACUGGAUGAGGAUGACCAGCCCCAUGGUUUCUGUACUGUAACCUACUCAUCCAGCGACAGAUUUGAGGGGCACUUUGUUCAUGGGGAGAAGAAUGGGAAAGGCAAAUUCUUCUUUUUUGAUGGAAGUACACUGGAGGGUUUCUAUGUAGACGAUGCUUUGCAGGGCCAGGGUGUUUACACAUAUGAGGACGGUGGUGCUUUACAUGGGACGUAUGUAGAUGGCGAGCUCAAUGGACCUGCUCAUGAGUUUGAUGCAGAUGAUCAUCUAGUUUUUAGGGGCCGGUACAAGGACAACAUUCGCUGUGGCAUGUGUUGGAUUUACUACCCAGAAGGUGGCUGUUUGGUGGGGAAAGUAAAUGAGGAUGGAGAGAUGACAGGAAAGGCUGUGGCAUAUGUCUACCCUGAUGGCUGUACUGCUCUGUAUGGCUCCUUUGUAGAUGGAGAACUGAUUGAGGCUCAACUUGCUACUCUUACCAUCCCAGAGAGCGGCAUACCACACUUCACAGUUAAUCCAGACACUGCUGUAUAUCGCUAUGAUAAGUCCACUUCUUCUUGUAUCGCUGGUCAUAAACUGUUGCCCGACCCCUACGAAAGUCAACGUGUGUAUGUGGCACAGUCGCUUAUCUCUGGAGCUGGAGAGGGGCUGUUUGCAAAAACUGAAGCCAAGGCCAACACAGUGAUGUCUUUUUAUAACGGUGUCCGUAUCACACAUUCAGAGGUGGACAGUCGUGACUGGUCUCGAAAUGGGAACACCAUUUCAUUGGAUGAUGACACCGUGAUUGAUGUUCCGGAACCUUUCAAUCGGACCGAGAAUUAUUGUGCAUCCCUGGGGCACAAGGCAAAUCACUCCUUCACCCCCAACUGCAAAUAUGACACGUUCAUCCAUCCUCGUUUUGGGCUAAUUAAAUGUAUCCGAUCAAUCGAUGCUGUACAGAAGGAUGAGGAACUCACUGUCGAUUAUGAGUACGAAAAUGAAAUAUCAGGGAAAUCUGGUCCAGAGGCACCAGAAUGGUACACAAAGCUGUUGCAGGAAUUUCAGCAGAGAGGAUCGGGAAGAAAGGCUAAUGAAACCUGCUAAGACCCCCAUCACCCUGAUUUCUAAUUUCUCGUCUGUUUACAAGGAUCGUAAUGUGAAAUCCUCACUCAAAUUUUGAGGAUCAUUGAGCAAGCUGCAAAAAUCAAUGGUUUCUACAAUGUGAAAGAACUAGUGUGCGUGUGCGUGUGCGUGUGUGUGUGUGUGUGGGUUUUGCUAUUAGGAUAUAGUUACUGAAAAAGUGAAAUCUAUGCUGUGAAGUAGGAUUCAAAUAUCACUGCAACUAUUACAUGGCAUAUGUAGCCUCUUUACAACAACUUGUGAUUACUAUGCAGUAUUAAUCUAGUGUCUUGAUGCUCCUUUGAUAUGUUCCUCUAAAUUAACUAUAUGCACGGUUACUUCUCACGUUUACAUUUUAGCAUCAUGAGCAGAUUACAGCUGAGCACUGCUGCAUCUCGCAGUGUUUCUCUUUAGCAAAUUAAAUUUAACCCUUAAUUAAUGAAAUGCGUUUGAAUAAAUAAAUGAAUGCUAGGCAUGAUUAUUUAACUAAUUAUAUUCUGAUUAUAAACUAAGUAUUACUCUAUUGAUGCUGUAAAAACUACCUCAGUAUAUUGAAGAUGCUACCACACCAAUGAGUGAAGGUUCACCAGAAGUUUUUCAGCUGCCUUUUAAUACUGUGCAUGCUCUUAAGAAUGAACGUGACAUGCGAAUGGUCAAUCGAAAAUACAGGACUUUUAUAUAUUGCAUGGUUGGAAACUAAUAUUCUUGCACACAAAUUUGUCCUGCCUCUUGUGAACUAUACAAACCCACACAUUGGGCUAUACAAAGUUGAAAUUUUUACUACUGGUCUUGAAUUACAUUUUACUGGCAAUGCAAUGUGCAUGUUUAUAUAUUUCUGUUUCUUCACAAAAAAAGUACAAUGGGAGAUCUACACCACCAAAAGAAAAGUUGAAUGUGUAUUUUUUGGAAGUGAAUGAACCGAAUAUACCUGAGAAAAAGGCACAAGAUGAAGAGAAAUAUUUAUACACUGAACUGUGAACUUCAGGCUUUUGAUUUUCUGAUAUCUAAUCUGUUUACAAGAAUUGUAACUGUGAAAUCCUCACUCAAAUUUUGAGGAUCAUUGAGCAAGCUGCAAAACCUACAAUGGUUUUUACAAUGUUGAAGGACUAGUAUUUGUGUUUGAUGGCCAUCGUGUGUUGGUUUCGCUACAAGGAUAAAGUGACUUACAAGGAAAUUAAAUCCAUGCAGUGUAGUACGAUUCAAAGAUCACCAACUUUUCUAUGGGAUAUGCAGCCUUUUUACAACAACCUGUGAUUACUAUGCAGUAUUAAACUAGUGUCUUGAAUUAAACUAGCUCCUCCAAAGUGUUCCCCUAAACUGAAAAUACAGGACUUUUAUAUAUUGCAUGGUUGGAGACACUUAUAUUCUUGCACACAAGUUGGGUUAUACAAAAUUACAAUUGUUGAAAUGUUUACUAGUUGUCUUGGAUUACAUUAUUACACUGGUAAUGCAAUAUGCAUGUUUAUAUAUUUCUGUUUCUUCACAUCAAGAUGAAAGAUCUACACCACUAAAAUAAUGUUUAAUGUGUAUUUAUUGGAAGCAAGUGAACAGAAUGUAUCUGAAGAAUACAGCACAAGAUGAAGAGAAAUAUUUAUAUACUACUAAACCUCAGGCUUUGAUAUGCAAUAUGCUACCAGCAAAGAUUUCUCAAUAAAAAACCAACA